AAAAGAAAAAAAGUGAUCAGAUUCGUGGUCGUGGAGUGUUUUUUUCUUUCUAGUGGAGUCGACUCCAUCUAUAUCUAAUAAUGCACAAACGAUUAUUAAGAAGGAAAACUCAGAGAGCUCUAACAUGGACCAUGUGGAAAGGAAACAUGCUUGGAACAUGUCCUCUAAUGGUGAUUCCGUGAUCAAACCAGCCUUGGAAGUUUUAUCAUGGCCAACACUUUCUGAGACGAACAAAGCUUAUUCGAACAAGUCUUCAUCUGAUUCAUUAAUAAGUAUGAGUGAUACAUCAGAACCAUCAGUAACUUAUGAAUCUCUUCGUCAGAAUAUUUUAGCUACUGAGUUGUUAAACAGCACUUAUGAAUUGUUAAGUAGACAAAUCAACACUUAUGUGCCUGCAAAUAGUGUUGUUGUACAACCCUCAGGACAAAGUUCAUCUGGCCUUCCCAAAUGUCCUUUGUCGUACUCUUUUCCUAGAGGACAAGACCAGAGGAAUGAAAUUGCCUCACAAUCUCAUGGUGGUACUCAAAACCAACAUCAAUGGAACCCAUACAAAAACCAAAAUGGUAAUCACCAUCAUCACCAAAGACAUGGAGGCCUGUGCAGUCACGGACAUUGGAAUCAAAACUCUAAUGGGAGAGACGGGAUUACACAAGCACCAAGAGGUAUACCGGAAUUUGUAAUACAUGCACCAACAACACCUAUGGCGCCAGUCUUAGCGUAUAUGCUGCCAGCACAUCAGCCUUUUUAUCAAUUUGGCCGUCCCAUGAGUAUCUAUGAUUCGACCCCAUUACAAAUGAAUAAUCCUUCUUCUUCUCGUAUACCACAAACUUCUUUGGAAACCAGAAUACGGAAUCAGGUUCAUUAUUAUUUUAGUGAAGAGAAUUUAAUGACCGAUAAUUUCAUGCGCAUGCACAUGAAUAAUGAUGGUUUUGUUCAUAUACAAUUUAUUGCUGGUUUCAAUAAGCUCAAAGCGUUGACAAGUAAUCUCCAACUUAUAAUGGACGCUUUACAAGAUUCACAUAUUGUUGAAUUGAAGGGUUAUGAAAUACGAAGUCGACAUAUGUGGAAAAAAUACGUAAUGCCGCUUCAUUUGCGGGUUCCUUUUGUUCCAAUCCUAGAAGAUGAAAUGGCUGGCAAAGUCCAAAACCUAUCACUCAAGCAGAAAGUAUAUGAAAUCGGAUCUAGUUCGAGCAAUCAAAAAGGUGAUAAAUGAUAACUGAUCAUUAUAAAACUGUAAUGAAAAAAAAAAAAAAAAUCAGAAAAUCAAAGUUUAUCGAUUCUAGAUUGCAGGGUUUCUCAGUUAAUUUUUGUGGAUUAAUAUAGUUGGUAUAAUGUAACUCUUACGUUAUACUCAUUUGAAUUAUAUGUGUUUUAAUUUUUGA